AUGGGCUUCCGCUUCCUCGAGCUCGUGCGCCCCUUCAUGAGCAUCCUCCCCGAGGUCACUGCUCCUGAAAAAAAGGUCAUCUUCAACCACAAGAUCGCAUGGACAGCCAUCACCCUCCUCAUCUUCCUCGUCUGCUCCCAGGUCCCCCUCUACGGCAUCAUGUCCUCCGACUCCUCCGACCCCCUCUACUGGCUCAGAGCCAUCCUCGCCUCCAACAGGGGCACCCUCAUGGAGCUCGGUAUCACCCCCAUCGUCACCUCCGGCAUGAUCAUGCAGCUCCUCGCGGGUGCUCAGCUCAUCGACGUCGACUUUAGCUUGAAGGACGACCGCGCGCUUUUCGGUGCCGCCCAGAAGUUGUUCGCCAUGAUCAUCUCUCUCGGUCAGGCCACCGUCUACGUCCUCACUGGCAUGUACGGCUCCCCCUCUUCCCUCGGCGCCGGUGUCUGUCUCCUCCUCAUCCUCCAGCUCGUCUCCGCCUCCCUGAUCGUCAUCCUCCUCGACGAGCUCCUCACCAAGGGCUACGGUCUCGGCUCCGGUAUCUCCCUCUUCAUCGCUACCAACAUCUGCGAGUCCAUCGUCUGGAAGGCCUUCUCCCCCAACACCGUCAACACCGGUCGAGGGCCCGAGUUUGAAGGUGCCAUCAUCGCCCUCUUCCACCUCCUCUUCACCUGGAACGACAAGACUCGCGCAUUAAAAGAAGCCUUCUACCGCGAGCGACUGCCCAACAUCAUGAACCUCCUCGCGACCGUCGCCGUGUUUGCCGCCGUCAUCUACCUCCAGGGCUUCCGAAUCGAGAUCCCCAUCAAGAGCUCCAAGAUGCGUGGCCAGCGAGGUACCUACCCCGUCAAGCUCUUCUACACCUCCAACAUGCCCAUCAUGCUCCAGUCUGCCUUGACUAGCAACAUCUUUCUCGUCUCCCAGAUGCUCGCGUCUAGGUUUCCCGAAAACUUGCUCGUCCGACUCUUGGGUGUUUGGGAGCCCCUCGAGGACUCUCCCUCCCAGCUCAACGCCGUCUCCGGUAUCGCCUACUACAUGUCCGCCCCCCACUCCCUCACCGCCGCCCUCCAAGACCCCUUCCACACCGCCAUCUACAUCGCCUUCAUCUGCACCGCCUGCGCCGUCUUCUCCAAGACCUGGAUCGAAGUCUCCGGCUCCGGCCCGCGCGACGUCGCCAAGCAGCUCAAGGACCAGAACAUGACCCUCGCCGGCCACCGCGAUGCGUCCAUCUACAAGGAGCUCAAGCGCAUCAUCCCGACCGCCGCGGCGUUUGGCGGUGCGACCUUGGGUUUGUUGUCCGUCGUUGCGGAUAUGAUGGGUGCGCUUGGAAGUGGGACCGGGAUCUUGAUGGCUACUACCAUCAUCUACGGCUACUUUGAGAUGGGUGUCAAGGAGAACGCUGGUAUCGACGCCGGUGGUCUCGGCGACCUUCUCUUCUAA